AUGGCUGGAAUUAAUACAGCUGAUGCACCACAAAUUCAAAUUAAAUUUGUGACCAAACAGACACAAUUUGCCGUUCCAGAUAAUCCCUUUUCUGUGUCUGUAAAUAUUAUUCCUGAUGAGUUAAAUAUUUUAGUAAAUCAAAUAUUGAAAGACAGCGGAAAUGAUAAGCAAGUAGAAUUUGAUUUUUUGGUUUGCUCUGAAUUGCUGAGAACUUCAUUGUCAGAGCACAUUAACGAACGUGGAGCAUCUACAGAAGAUGUAAUUGAUGUUGAAUAUUUAGAAAAGCAUCCUCCACCUGAGCCACAAGAUUGUUUGGUACACGAUGACUGGGUAUCUGCUGUAGCUGUAUCAGAAAAAUGGAUUUUAUCUGGUUGUUAUGACAAUACAGUGCAAAUUUGGACUUCCAAAGGUCAGCAUAAACUUACAAUUCCUGGUCACAGCGCUCCAGUUAAAUCAGUAGCCUGGAUAUCAAUGGAUCUUGAAUCAGGAACGUUUGUUAGUGCCUCACAAGAUCAAACUGCAAUAAUAUGGAAGUGGAACAUCACUAGAAAUUCAGUAGACUGGAUCCACGUGUGUCGUGGUCAUGAGCAAUCUCUAGAGUCCGUCGGAGUUAACAAGGACGAAGGAGUUAUGGCAACUGGGUCUUGGGACACAAUGUUAAAAAUAUGGUCGACUUCUGACGAAGACGAAAACGACAACGAAGAUGGGGAAUCAAGAAGCAAAAGAAUGAAAACAGAUAGGGGAAAAACUAGGACGCCGAAAAGAACAAUGAAAGGCCAUAAAGAAGCAGUGAGUGGGGUUGUAUGGUCAGAUAAAUCAGAAUUAAUUACCUGUUCAUGGGAUCAUACUCUGAAAAUUUGGGAUUCAGAAUUGGGUGGAAUAAAACAUGAAAUUCCGGGAAAUAAAAGCUUCUUUGAUCUUGAUUAUUCUCCUUUGUCGCGGGUUGUCAUUACUGCUUCAGCUGAUAGACAUAUUAGAUUGUAUGACCCACGUACAUCAGAGGGUUCUAUUGUGAAGACAACAUUCACUGGUCACACACAGUGGGUUCAAGGAGUUCGCUGGUCAACAACCAACGAAAACCUAUUCAUUUCCGGAGCUUGUGAUAACAGCUUGAAGCUCUGGGACACCCGGAGUCCCAAGGCACCAUUGUACGAACUUUCAGGCCAUGAAAACAAAGUCCUUGCUUGUAAUUGGUCAAAUCCGAAGUUCAUAGUCUCUGGCGGAGCUGAUAAUACCGUCAGAGUAUUCAAGUCGAGUUACGCUUAA